AUGGAGCAAGCAGUCUUACCACCUGAGACACGCCAAUGCCCAGCAGAGGUGGUGACGAAGCGUCUCCAACAAGCUUACUCUCCUCUUACCUCGAAUAGUGAUUGUCAACACCAACGUCGCCUCCUGCAAGAGGUGGGUGGUGUGGUGAGAUUUUUGCAACUCCUUUGCGAUGAAGGUUGGAGUGCUGGUCUGAGUAAGUUAGUUGCUGGUAGAAGGAAAAAGUAUGACGCUACCUCAAAUGAUAUGGCAUGGCAUGGCAUGGCACGACUUGACAUGGUGGUCUGCGACUCACACUGCGGACACUUGUCCUCUGUAAUUUCGCGUCACAUCAUAACAGCCUCCCAAGAAAGCAGGCACAGACAACAAAAUGAGGCGAAAUUAAGCCAGCCACCACUUACAGAGAGGAUGUGGGUGGCUAUCGAUAUUAGGUGCGAGUGUUUGGCUCCCAAUGCUUUGUGCAAACCCUUACAAAAGGAAGGAAGAGGAGAAACGGACUCGCAGGUCGGCAAUGCUCGCGUGACCGUAAUGAUUACCUCAACUCGUGCGUCAGUGCAUAUUGCAAUCAGUUAUGCCUACAUCCCGACCUUUCUCCCUGCAGGCUUUUAUGUAGAAGAGGCCAUCGAUCUCGAUUCCACCGUUUUCCCUCCCUAUGCUAAUCUUGAAUUCUUCAUUGGCAGAUACAGAGUCAUGAAGUCGGUCAGCUUUCCUGGAGGAGGCGAUUCGAGCGAAACGGAUUUGAGCAACCGCCUAACAAUCUUUAUUCUCUCGGAAGAGGAGAAGCAGAAGAGGAAUAAGAAGAAGAAGAAGAAGGAGGAGGAGGAGGAGGAGGGGGAGGGGGAGGAGGAGGAGGAGGAGGAAGUGGACAUUAAUACCUCCACGUAA